AUGGGUCGUUUGCACUCUAAUGGUAAGGGUAUUUCCAGUUCAGCUCUUCCUUACAGGAGAACAGCUCCAUCUUGGCUCAAGAUCUCAUCCCAGGAUGUUGAUGAAACCAUCUGCAAGUUUGCCAAGAAAGGUUUAACUCCAUCUCAAAUUGGUGUUAUUCUUCGUGACUCCCAUGGAAUUGCUCAGGUUAAGAGUGUGACUGGAAACAAGAUUCUGCGCAUAUUGAAGGCUCAUGGUCUUGCUCCUGAAAUUCCUGAAGAUCUGUAUCACUUGAUCAAGAAGGCUGUCUCAAUCAGGAAGCAUUUGGAGAGGAACAGGAAGGACAAGGAUUCUAAGUUCAGGCUUAUUUUGGUCGAGAGCAGGAUCCAUCGUCUUGCUCGUUACUACAAGAAGACAAAGAAGCUUCCACCAGUAUGGAAAUAUGAAUCAACAACUGCCAGUACCCUUGUUGCUUAA